AUUGUUGAAAAUGGUAUCAGCCAUACUUCGUGGAAAUGACGAGAACAAAUAUCGUUUAGAAUAGAUCACCUCAUUAACUCAACUGUAUCACCCAAAUCUUGUAACUGCUUUGUGCUAAAUUUAAAUUGUGAUUUAAUAUAAACGAUAUUAUUUUGAUCCGGCUUAUUUCAAGGUAAAGUACAUGAAGCAGAUUUAAAAGAACAUCCAAUAAAGCAAGCGUUUCCUAGACUUAGACUAUCAUCACUAUUCUAACAUAUUUUUAGAAUCAAUGAAUUGAAUUGUCAAUAUUGAAUAUCAUUCAAUGAAUUAUUACUCAUUCCUUCAGACGCUGUCAAGAGUGAAGUAAGUCUCACUCUGAGUCACUUGUGUCACCAUCAGUCCCUGGUAUAGCCCUACGCCUACUAAACUUUGUCAGAUAGGUUAUUCAGUAUGCCCUUCUAAAAUGUUAAAAUUUUUAUUAAGUGAAAAAAUUCAAAAUAAUUUUUUUGAUAUUACAGUUAUUUAGAACAAAUUCCAAAUUUUAAAAAAAUGAAACCAGAAUCAAGUUUUUUAGCAUAGUACUUUUUGAGCUACGAAUUUUUAAAGUGUGAGUUCGUUUGGUAUUUUUUACUAUCCCCUAUGGACGAAACCUCCACAUCUUGUGACCUCAUUCCGCUGAUCGCGUCGUGCGCAAUGGCUAUAUAGUUUAUAUAAGGCAACGCACCCCCCUUAUCACUAAAAUACUGAUUAGGGUCGACGUAAUUUAAACUUUCACCUUUGGCACAUGAAUAAUUAAUUAAAGCUUUCCCUGACAAAUGAAUAGUUUUUGCACACGGCAAACUCUUAUGAAUGAAACUCUGAGAUAGUACUACGAUAUAGCCAUUAUGGAAGUGGCUGUGAAUGGUUGCCAAUGACAAUGUGUUGCACACAGAAAAUUCUGAUCAUUUAUAAUAUGGACUCUAUACUAUAGGGUUUUUAAAGCUCAAAUUAAAACAUUCCAGAUUAAAUGUCUACAAAAUGCAUUCUGAAACACGUUAGGGGUCAUCCAUAAAAGACGUCCACACAAAAGGGGGGAGGGGGGGGUUCAGCAAAAAGUGGACUAAAGUGGACAAAGGGGGGGAGGGGGUAUAGGACAAAGUGGAUGUCCACAUUGUAGUGUUUUUUUGAGUGCAGCAGUUUUGCAUAAAUUUACUGCAAAUUUACUGCCCAAUCACAGUUACAGUAGCAUGCCUUUUGAUCUCUAUUGUCCAUCGGUGGCUGGGAGAAUUUCCAAGAGAAUGUUUCUGCUGUAAAUAUUUCCCAUCACAGGCGGCAACGAAAAAACAUAAGGUCGUCCAUUGCAAUAUUCCUGCUAGUGAACAUAAUAUGGCAGACGAAUCAGACGAAGAGACUGCCACUCAAAUUGAAUUAGCAAUUGAAGACUCAAGAACAGAUGUUAUCAUUAUACAAAACAUGUUUGAAUGGCUGCAGUCCGAAUUUUCCGUUGAUUGAAGAAUGGUGGAUUAUUUGUUUAUUACAUUUUUUAAUACAGGGAUUUAAUAAAAUGUUUUUGAACAGUUAUUAUUUCAUUUAGAAUUUUGCCUGCAAAUAAUUGGAAUUUCUAAAAAAAAAAUCUUUGUAAUACUUACUCUUUAUAUUGUUGUACAUUUUCCCAAAAUAUUCAUUAAUUUAAGUUCGGUAAAUUUUAUGUUUUGGACGUCCACAACUAGAGGGGGGGGGGCGGGUGGUCAAGUCAAAAGUGGACAAAGGGGAAGGGGGGGUGUAAAUAUAUAUUUAUAUGUAUAUAUAUAUAUAUAUAUAUAUAUAUAUAUAUAUUUGUUUAACUGGAUUAUCAUCUAAAAAUAAAUUUUCAAAAAUGCGUUCAAAUAUCUGUUGUAAGGGGGAGGGGGGGUCAAAAAUAGCAAAAAAUUGGUGGACGUCUGUUAUGGAUGGCCCCUUAUCAAAUAUUUUGAUGUAAAUAGUGGUAAUAAUUAAAUAUUUCCUAAGUAUCUGCAACUUCCUUCUUUAAAAAGGGUGUGGGCCAAGCCAUGUCGAAAUUAGGCUGAGUGACCUUAUGAUAAUAUGGGUCACUGGGACAAGUGUAACAAACGUCGGACACGACCUACAUCAAUGAAAAUUGGCACACGUAUACUUCAAUAUCUAAUGCUUUUCUCGAUUUAAUAUGAAAGACAUGUUCUUUUUAUUUCACACAAAAUUUUGUAUGCGAAGAUCCCUUAUAUAUUUUCAAAUAGAGGUCGAUUGAAAAAACAAAAGUAGCUGGAUGGAAAUGUAGGACAAGAUGUCUUCCAAAGUGAAAAAGCGGAACACAUUUAUAUGUAAAAAGGACUCAUUUAUUAAUGAAUUGACUCUCACAUUAAAAAAUUAAAAUGUCGAAUUUUACUGCCCAUUUCCAAUACAAAUUUUAAAGUAGUCUUCCUUGCUUUACCGCAGUAUCUAGUUAAAAUUAAAAUAUCAAUAAACUCAUACUCAUUUUAUUUGCAGAGAGAAUUAAAAUUAUCUGGGUUGACUUAAAUGACGUAAUCAAUUAUUAAUUAUUGGACUUAGUCCAAUUUAUAACAUUAUUAAACAAUAAUCAUUCACUGUCAAAAACAAUGGCAGAAAAAAGAAUAUUAGGUAAAUGUACGCACAAUGUUUCUCCCUGAUCUACAUGUUUUUUUCACUACUUUUUUUCACUGCUGUCAUCCGUGUUGCCAUGGUCAUGGCACCAGAUGGGUAAAUGUGCGGUUAGUGGCAUAGUUGUUGCCAAUAUUUGUCAAACCCUAAACACAGUGACGUCACUUUGGGGAAUCUCAAGACAAAACAAACAGUUGGACCUGAACGAUGAGAAUGAAAACUUUUCCGUUCUUAACUAAGCAUUAUUCUUGUCAAAAACAUAAUCUGACAAUUGAUACAGGUGAUAUAAAAUAAAUUAAUGUGAAAUUUUCCAUUCAGUUUUAAUUAAAAUUCAACUUUCAAGUUUCAAAAAAAAUAAAAAGAGAAACUAAUCCUUGCUGAUGCCCCAAGAUGAACACCAGUAAAAAGACAUGCACAUGGUUAAGGUGCUGUUUUUUUUAUUGUUUGAAAACAAAGUACCCGUAUGCUAUUCAUUUAUAUAAUGUAACAAUUUAACAGGACAUUUCAACAUCAUUUUCUGGGGAGGGGAGACCCCACAAGACAAAAACUUUGAAAAAUGAGUGUACAAAAUAUAAUCCAAUAAAAAAUACAGAGCUAAAUUUCAAAAUCUUGAACUGGGGAACCUCCAUAGCCUAUAUACCUAUGAAGACAUGAACGCUAACUGCAUUUUAGCCCCAAACAUGUCAUAGCAAUAAAGAGGGAUCCCAUUGAAACAAAAUAGUGCAAAAACAUGCCUGCGUCUACAAAAAUGGGGAGGGUAAAGGGAGUGUGUGGAAAAAAACAUGCCUGCGUCUACAAAAAUGGGGAGGGUAAAGGGAGUGUGUGGGAAAAAAACAUGCCUGCGUUUACAAAAAUGGGGAUGAGAUAGGGAGAGUGAGUUGUUUUAGCUACUUACCAAAAAAAAUGAUAAUAAACAAAUUAUGAGAGUGUUUAGUUAUUUUUAACUAAAAAAGGUGUUAAAAAAAUACAUUUAAAAAAAAUUUGUGUUGCAUACAAAUGGGAAUAUAAAAGAACAUUAAGUAAUGAAGAUACAACUCAUCGGACUGCUUAAUUGGCUUUAACUAGACAGAGCCAAUAAUCAAAAUAUUGCUUAAGUUAAACAAUUACAUAGUGAAUAGUUUUCAUGUGAGAACCACUCAUUUUAGUAACUGAUUUAGUGCAGCAGCAAAUUUGAAUUUUGUAUCUUAAAAAUUAUUGGUUAAGAAUUAAACUCACAAAAGCAGUAUUUUAACAAUAUGUCUGUGCAGCUUAGUCCAAAUCUAGGCCAGCAGUCUACACACUGUGGUUACGGACACACUUUGAAGAAAUAAACGUGGCUCUUUUCAAUAAAAAACCUGCAUCCACUGUGACUCCCCAAAUACUUUCUUAGCUGAUAAAUUUAUCUUCACUUAAGAAAGACUGGUAACCCCUGGUCUAGGCCUGCUGGUAAUAGUGCAAUAUAGUAGCACUAAUUUGUAAAAGCUGUCAUUUUAAUGACAUGGAAUUCGACCAGAUUUGUAUUGUCAAGUAGCAAUCCGCCAUGUCAGGCAAUUUCUUUUCACUUCUUAUUCUUCUUUUAAUCGUCUUGAACUUUAACACAGCUGUGCCUAUUAAUUCCAGUUGUAGUGUUAUUUUGUUUUAAAUUCAUUCACAGUUUGCCAUGGCAGACACAACAGAGAAUCAGGAAAACACCAGCAGCCGUGCCAAUGAUGGAUCUGGUGACUGCCCGCCUAAUUCAAACCAGCCUAAUUCAAACCAAAGAAAUCCAGUUCUGGUAACUAAUGUCAUAGAACUCAUUUUUCAUAUCUUACUCUUUUUUUUUUUUUUCUUUCUUUUUUUUUAAUGAUAGGACUGAAGCUGAAUUUCAAGAUAGUUUUCAAAAAUUUCUAUGAUGCACAUUAUUUGAAAAAUACAUCUAGGUAAACUUGGUUAUUUUUUUAUUUCACAAUGAAUGUUGUUAUGCACUGCUAUCUGUAGGGAGAAAUUAAUCUCCUAUUUACAUGUAUGGCUCAUUCAUUUACAUGUAUGACUUGGAGUCACGCUUACGGACACCCUCUCCAUGGACAAACAUGUCACGAAUAUAUGCAGAUCAGCAUAUAACGAAAUUAGAAAAAUCAGCACCAUUAGACACCUCCUCUCCUUUGAUGCCACAAAAACUCUCGUCUCUUCACUCAUUCUUUCAAAAUUUGACUACUGUAACAUUCUUCUCUCAGGCAUUCCUCAACACCACAUAGAAAAACUUCAGAAGGCACAGAACUCAGCAUGCAGACUCAUUUUUAAAUUAAAGAAACAUGACCACAUUCAACCACACAUGCGGCAACUCCACUGGCUUCCAAUAUCCUCUCGCAUCAAAUACAAGUCUGCCAAUCUUUGCUUCAACUCGUUCACUGACCCUCACUUUCCUGUCUAUCUCUCUGAACUGUUGCUUCCUUACAUCCCCACAAGACAACUACGUUCUUCCAUUGACAGUAGAACCCUCUCAAUCCCAAGAACUAAAACUAAGACCAUCGGUGAACGCUCCUUCUGCUUCCAUGGGCCCACGUUCUGGAACCAGCUCCCCUUCCAUAUACGUCAUAGUGAAACCUCGUCCAUUUUCAAAAAGUCCCUUAAAACUCAUCUGUUUAGGUCCGCCUAUGACCUGUGAUGCACCCUCCUUGCCCUACCUCAUUUUCUGUUUCGGGUUGAUCCUGAAGUGUCAAAGUGUCCUCGUUUUAUAGCCAUUUUCAUUGUUUCUAUAGAAUAGUAGUUACUAUCCUAGUGUCUCAUUUGUAUUUACUUAGUUUACAUGUUUUAAUAAUUGUAAAGCGCUUAGAGCUUUAUGAUAAGCGCUAUAUAAAAAUGCCUAAAUAAAUAAAUAAAUUCCAAAACAGUGCAUAAUAAGACGAUACCAAAUGAUAAAAUAAUAACAGAAUACGACACUCAAAACAGGGCUAAUUACAAUUAAUAAGUUUUAUUAAGUUACUAAUAAAUCACAAAAUAAAAGAAAUAUAAUUAAAAUCAUUAACUUACAGAGUAUUGUGUUUCUUGUACCGGUACAAAAGUUGAUGAAAAUUACAAUGUGCCAAAAAAUAAGGUACAACGAUGAAAGGAAUUCACACAUAUAAGUAAACACAGCUCUAUCAAGAAUAACACUCACUAAAAAUAUAUUCUAGCCUGUCGUCCCAUAAAGUAAAAAUCUUUUCUCCAUAAAAAAUGCUCUCCGCCUUUUAUAGUCUGUUCUACUCAUGAAUCUGGAACUGCCUUACACAUUGUUUUCCUUUCCAGUUUAGUCCAGGUUAUUGCUAUAAAAUUAGACUAGAACAGACGAUUGAUUGGAUUUAGGUCAAGAGGCUAUGUUUAGCUAGCCACACCUUAAAUGCAGUUAUGACUUGCUUGUUGUCUGCUAGAAUUCACAGCACGGGGAAAUAUGACAUGAACACGUCAUCGACGUAAUAAUUUUAAUUAACAUUUUUUGACAGGCCCACAUGAUGCAACACAAGGUGGAAACAACUCUGUGGUUAACAAGAAUCUUCACAGUCAUCUGCUCAGUUUUGUUUUUACUCCCAAUAUUAGGGUCAGUCAGAGUUUUGUCAGUAACCAGUUUUAGUUGACUUUAUUUUAAUGCUUAAAAAGAGGGCGUCUGUGUAAAAAUUGAGAUUCAUAUUCUCUUAAAUGUGUUGUUUUGGUUAUUUUCAGGGGUAACCCGUACAGUUUUUAUCAUCGAGCUUUACUCUCAGCUGCGGCCACAAGCGCUUUACGCCUGCAUCAACGCUUGCCCAAUGUUCAGCUCAACAUGGCUUUCCUUCGUGAUCUGUUUGCCGAAGACGCCAGUCAUUACCUGAUGUAUUGUAUUAUAUUCCUCAAUACUUACCCAAUGACCAGUAUCCUUUUUUUGCAACUCUUUCUGUGGAUUUUAAGUUAAUUUAAUUUUUUUUAAAUAACUAUAACACGAUUUAAAAUAGGACAAAAACAGUUUGCGUUCCAAUUUAUAAUUGACAGUGAUCAUUUUUUCUGGCAGAUUAUAAGUAGAUAGAAUGAACAUUGGCCCUGACCCAAUCUGUCUUUACAUAUUGAACCGUAUCAGUUGACAUUAAUUUCCUCAUUGACAACUUUGAGGUGGCAUGAAAUAACACAGCAGCAUAUUGCUUUUUUUUUUUUUUUAAUUUUCAACCUAUAUUUUGAUCAAUAAGUGUGGGUUAGAGAAUUCUUGUCUAAGAAUAACAGGUUGAUGUUACUUCAGCUGGCAUUAGUUCAGUAGCAUCAAACGUACGGUCUAGUACCUCUGUAAGCUGCAGGCCUUAGUUUAAGUUGGAGAUAUUUCAAUAUUAAACUCCAUGUAAUGUUGUAAGAAAUACUUGACUAAUGUUUGCAUGUGACAAAGCUGUUUUUUCUUUGACCUGAACCCAGUGUCACUGAUUCCAGUGUUUCUGUUUGCCUUGUUACACGCCUGCUCAUUCACAAAAACUGUGCUCAAUGUGAGUCAUCAAUUACAAUUUAGCAGUUUACAUUUUUGCCCUGUUUUAAUUUUAAUUUUUUUUUUUCCUUGGAGCUUUGGUUACUUGUGUUCUAUAAGAUAUACAAGGUAUACAUGUACAGAACAAUGUAUACAUGUACAUUUAAAGUGUCAAAUAAUUCAAGAAAAAGACACAUUUAAAACAUUGCUUACAUUUUGGUGAUUUUUGUCCUGUCUUUCUGUCAUAUUUACCAUAAUUAUCAUGUUUUGCUUUGGCAUUUAUCACUUUUUUAACACACCUAAGACACAUUUUUCUAUUUGGAUUAUUGACUAUUAGGGAUUUUUUUUUUUUAUCAUUCAUUAAAAAAUGGUAUAACCUGGUCUUACUUUCAUUUCUCUCAUGGUAUCACCUGAUAUAGCUGUCAAUAUUUUAUGAUAUAACUGUAAAUUCUGGUUGAUCAUGUUCGUCCUUCAACUCUUGUUUAAAAUGAAUACUGCUGCUGAUUUUUUAAAAAUAUUGGUGCCGGUUAAAUUGUACAAAUCUCUUUUGCUAUCUGUCCCCACAGCUGAUGGGUCCACAAUCUCUGAUGUUUGUACGAGGGAUGAUUACAAAGCUUGAAGCCCAACAAGUCAACAUCCUAAGGUUCAUUGCUAGUACAGAAAUUUUCCUGAUGCCAGCCAUUGUCAUUCUCAUUUUUAGGUAAGCUUCGUAACAGUAAAAUUAUGCCUGCUGACAUAACAAGUGAACCCGAUUUUAUUUUUAACUUUUCAAGUGCCUAGCUGGUCAAUAAUGGUUUGAGACGAAGAGAAGUCUGAAAAAUUGUUAAAAUUUACUUUUAACCAUAAAAUUUGAGUGAAAUUAAAUAUUCAUUAAACCUUUCAAGGUGCUUGAGAAUAUAUGAUAUUUUCAUUUCAGCGGGAAAGCUACCAUUUUCCUACCGUUUAUAUAUUACCGGUUCUUGGCGUUGAGGUACACUUCACGGAGGAAUCCCUAUAACCGGUAGGAGGCUACUUCAUUUCCUUUUUUUUUUUUUUUUUUUUUUUUGGUUAUUUUUAGUCCCCUUUUUAAAUGAGCCUCAUAGGUAUGACUGGCAUUGUUGUAAGACAGCAUGAACAAAUCACAUUUAAUAUGUUUGAAAGCUAGUAAGUUAAACAUUCAAACAUCUUAUAUCUUAUGCUAGACACUUGGUGUCACUGGAUGUCAGGUCCAUGGUUUGUUUUAUUAAGCCUGGGUAGUUUGAAUGACUUCCUUCAGAUAACUGCAAAAAACCGAGCAAUUGCUGGUUUGAAAUGUUCGCUGUUUGGUCUCAGUGACACAAAACAAUGUAUUCUAUUUGAAACUAACCAAAACUAAUUGGUAUAGGAAAUAUAAGAAGGUGCAGGAAAAUGUGAAAAAGGACAACACAAAAACGCGGGUGUUUCCGCCAAAAAACCUACGACAGCAAAGAAACAGACAACGGCUCUGUCUUAAUGCUUCAACCUGUACGCAUUCCUCCAUGUAUAUCUCUCUGCCACCACUUCUUAUAUUCUGUAACAACUGCCAAUACAAAUCAUUGUCUUAUGAGAACUAUUUGAUUCCCCCCAGGUAUCUGUUUGCCGAGUUCCGUCAGGCCACAGAAUACCUGUGUACAAAACCCCAGUGUCCACAGAUUGUGAGAAACCUCCUUCACAAAGGUAUAUGGUUCGUCUCCAGAUUGGGACCUGAAGUCCAAGCAUCCUAACCUCGUAGAUGCAUUCCUUCGGUAUUUAUAAUGGUUCACCUCUUGACACAUCACAAAGAGUUUAAGUGAAAUGUGUUACUUAGUGAGUUCAACGUUACGUUUGUUUUUAUCUUUUUAAAGUGCUGUGAGAGAACAAAGAUAAAAUGUUAAUUUGUGUUUUUAUUUUAAAUGUUUGUGUGGUUGCUAGGGGUUUAAAUCAAAACUUCUAGAAAGCUGUGUCCCAUUGCUUACAAUUCAAAACCUUGAAAAUGUUAAUUUAGGAAUAUCUUAGAGCAGUAGUUUUCAUGAGACUGAAGUCGGUUUAUUUACCUCACUUUGGCAUGGGUCAGUAAACGUCUGGUAUGCUCAUUGUUUCCUUGUAGCUAUCUUAACACUAUCGUCUUGUGAGUCUGAAGCUGAGAUCUGCUAUCUCCUAGAAUAUUAUGCAAUUCACUUGCCUGAAAUACUACCUUAGAGAUUUUUUAAUCAGUUUUCUGUAAAGGGAAUAUUAUUGAGUACCAAAAUUGUAUUUAUCCAAGACAGGAUGUCAGAUUUUACGAAUAAAAGAUGUUCUCCUGGCUGUCUCACUUGUUUGUGUCUUUUUAAGCGGGGUUGGAGGUGUGAGGGGGGGGGGAGUUGUGAGUGCCGGGGUGGAGUUGUGAGGGUUGUCAUGUUGGUAAAAUAUGAUAAUUGAUGUGGAGAUUUCCAAACUGAAAGUUUGUUAUGUGUACAAUAAUUGUUUUCAAUACAAAGGGACUGAUAAGGUAGAAGGUGUAUUGACAUGGUAAAUGUGUGUAUUGAUAUGAUAAAAGUGUGUAUGAUAUGGUAAUAAAUAAAAUGGUAGAAGUGUGUAUUGAUGUUAUCAUCAUGUUCUUGAAAGUUGUUUUUAUAUUCUGAAUAUUUAAAUUUCUCUUUCAUUGCAUAAGUGUUACUAAUGCACAGUAGAAUAUAUUUCUGUUCAGCACUAAUUUAUGAACUACUCAUGUGAAAACUUGGUUUCAAACAUUACAUUAUUUUAAUGCAUUUGGUUUAUUUCAAUGUUCUCAGAUGCAAAUGAGGCUGAGUGCUUUUAGUUGCAGCUCAGAUGUUCUUUUUUUUUUUUUAAACAUUAGCUCUGUUAUGUUUCAUGCAAAUGGUUCUAUUACAUGCAUUGAAGUUGCACAUAUUGUAACCAUGGCUCUUGUAUUUAAUAAAAUUGAUUUGUGUUGUCCAGGCCAGGGCAUAUAUAAACAGUGAUCUUUUAAAUGUUUGCUUGAACAUAUUAAGCAGUCAUUGUUGUGAACAUUUCAUGUUCACCUGCCACUUCUUUCUUGAUUUUUGUAAAUUGUGGUUUUCUAAUUAUACAAUGUUGUACUCUUGAGAUAUUGAGUCAUCUAGUAUCGUAUGGGGAACUUUAAAGUUCAAAGUAUCUACCUGUAACUCUGUCUACCUGGAAUUCGGUUGGCUGUCUUCCCAGUCAAUGAUUAUUUUAAAAGUGUAGUUAUACUGUAAACUAGGAUGAUAGCUGGGUUUUUUUUAAUUGAAAAUAGUAUUUUUAACCAUUUCACAUACGUGUACUUGGGGACACUGGCCAACUAUUUAAAUCGACUUCAAUUUUAUUUGUUUACAAACUAUAAAGAGACAGCGGCAACUGCAGUCAAGCAUUUUAGUUGAUCACUAUGGUUACCGUAGAACAAAUCUGUAUUUCUUGUGAGCUGGGAAUAGAACACAUGAUAGUUGCUUUAAGGGUCUUAGAAUUUUUCCUUUUUAUUUAAGUUAAAUGUUUAAAUGUCUUUAAAUUAAAAUGGCUAAAACAUGAUGAAUUAAAGACGAGAUUGAAUUAAAGACGAGAUUGAAUUAAAGACGAGAUUGAAUUAAAGACGAGAUGCUUUGACAGGGACUUUUUCAUUUACAUCAGGACUGCUCAUUCUUUGAUUCAUCUGGGUCGUCUGUGACAGGAGAAUAGAUAUUUUUUAAAAGAUGUGUUAAAUUCAACAUGAAACAGUUCUAUGUAAGAAAGUGUUUGUGAAGAUUUUGCUUGAUUUUUACUACAGUUUGGGGUCAAGUCAAUUUUGAAUAAUUUUACAUUAUUAUUAAACUUUUAUCCCAUUGGUCACAGAGUUAACAAUUGUACUAUUUUAGAGCAGUGUUAGUUUGACGUCAUGUCCCCUGUGUUCACCCAGUUGUGUGUGUCAAUAUGGUGUCUUAAAGAGAUAAGAUGAGCUGAUGAAGGCAGCAUCAAGUAGACUUGUCAAUAGGAAAUGCACCUCAUUCUUGACAUAAGCAAUGUAUCUUUCUUACAAGUCAAAGGUCCAUUUUGGUGAGAUUGACAUAAUUUCAUGAUGUUAUAAAUAAUUGUACAAAGAACAAAUACAUGUGUGCCACGGUUUCUUGAAAAUUGUAUUUUAAAGAGAUAGCCAACAGCAAUAUGUGCUAAAGAAAGGAUCCUAUGAUUUCAUCUUCAAUCAUUGGUUGUAAGCUUACUAUUUAGACAUGCAUGGAAGCAGCUCUCUAAUUUGAGCACUGGUAUGCUCCUGUGCUGAACCUAUGAGCACUAGUAUGUGCCUGUGUUGUACAAUGUAUGAGCACUGUUAUGCUCCUGUGUACAAUCUAUCAGCACCAAAUGAAUGCUGCAUCAAGUAGUUUUGAGUUGCUAUAAAAGGAGGAAUAAAUUUAUUUCUGGACUAAAUUAAAAUGCCUCAUAGAAAGAUGGUAGAUGUUUGAUCAUUUCUUAGAAUGGCAUUGAAGAGUUGUAUUGUUGGAGCUGCAUGCACUCCAUGAGUGCACGGCUGUAACAGGAAUGUUUUGUCUUUGUGUCAGUAGCUGGUUCUUAUUGCUGUUCCUUUGGUUUUUUUUACUUUGUAAAGCUUAAUCAGACAUUGUUCCUAAUUUUUUUUUUACAUGUGUGACAUAUACUGAGAUAGCAUGGUUUUGGUCAAUUCAAAUUUUGGAAAUUCAAACAUUGCUUGGCUUGUGCCUUAUUUAUUAUAUUUUGUUAGUCCACCUAAUUUGGCUAAAAUUAUGAAUUUACAUAUCUGAAAUUACAAAAUCUACAGGGAAAUGAUUCCAUAGAAUCUUUAAAACAAAAGUAACAGUUCUGUGAUGCGAACAGAUUUUAUUUUUUAACUUUUAUUUAUUUGGAAACCAAAUUAUUAUCAUUUAAUGCCAUCAGUGUUUCUCAAAAAGAAAAUAAUGGGAUCAGCUCAUUUAGAUGAAAGCAUGUGACAGAUUUAAAAUUUAGAUCGGAGCGUGUGACAGAUUUAAAAUUUAGAUGAGAGCAUGUGACAGGUUUAAAAUUUAGAUGGGAGCAUGUGACAGCUGAACUUAUCAAUUUCUCUGUUUAAAAGGAAAUAGAAAAUAUUUGGGCGCUAUCGAUUGUGUGAAAAUUUUGACUUUGUAAACAAGUUUUUCCUAUCGUCUGGUAGAUUUUUACAUGGGUGCAAUGUAUUUGAGAAACACUGCGCUAUUCUUAACUCCUGUAGAUGUUUUACAAAUGUAAUUCUUUAUUACCCUGUAUUUGUUGUUCAUUUCACUCAGACUUUUACCAUUAAACGUAACCUAGCUCUAUAUAACUCAAGUCUUUCUGAAUCUUCCUUAUCCUUUAUUAAAAAAAUAUGUAUCUGUGAUGCAGAAUUAUUGAACACAAAACCUGAGUCAAAGUUUCAGAACAAAACCAUCCCUCCAUGAGUAUGCUACCCUCCAGUAAUAAUAUUUGACGGCUAUUUAUUAAGUCGAGAAAAUAA